UGUGGGGUGGAUGGGGACACCGACUGUUAACUAUUCUGGUUCGUGUCCGAUAUAUUACACAGCUGUCCAGUAGGGGUGAGAAUAAACCGAAACAUUGUGGAUCAACCAGCUCAGUUCAUACAUGAAGAAGCUAACGUGUCGGUACUGAAGUGAAUCUAUUUUUAAACAUGCAAUCAGCAGAAGAGGAACACAUCAACCCUGUGGAUGUAGAAAAUGAAGGAUUCCUGAAGAUAGUAAUAAAAAAUGAAGAUGAUGAAGAUGAAAGAUUGAACAAGGAUUUCUGCUGCUCCUCGAGUCCACGUUCCUGUACGACCCAAAAUCAUCUCCACAAACACAUCAAGACCCCCCACAGUGUCAAAUAUGAGACCCUGGUGAAGAUUAAGACUGAACAUGAGGAUCUGACGCCCACCAGAAGCUCCAGUGAUCAACAGACGUCCUCUGGUGCUGUCAGCAUUAACAGCUCUCUCACCAGAGAACAGAACAGAAGGAACGUCUGCUCACAGUGUGGGAAGAGCUUUAGUUCUCCGGGUGCUCUUAAAAUACACCAGCGCAUUCACACUGGAGAGAAACCUUAUCAGUGCUCAGAGUGUGGGAAGAGAUUUAAUGAUCAGGGUGUUUUAAAAAAACACCAGCGCAUUCACACUGGAGUUAAACCGUUUCAGUGCUCAGAGUGUGGGAAGAGAUUUAAUCAACAGAGUAAUCUCAAAAAACACCAGCGCAUUCACACUGGAGAGAAACCGUAUCAGUGCUCAGAGUGUGGGAGGAGUUUUAAUCAACAGAGCAGUCUCAAAGAACACCAGCGCAUUCACACUGGAGAGAAACCGUAUCAGUGCUCACAGUGUGGGAAGAGAUUUAAUCGACAGAGUGCUCUCAAUAUACACCAGCGCAUUCACACUGGAGAGAAACCGUAUCAAUGCUCACAGUGUGGGAAGAGAUUUAAUCGACAGAGUGCUCUCAAUAUACACCAGCGCAUUCACACAUGGACAAAAACCAUGUCAUCUCAAACAUAGAUAAAUUGGAGAUAAGCACAAAUACUGUAUUUUUUUUUAAGAGAAAAAUAAUAAAUGA